CGAAGCAGCCACUGUGCGCUUGCGCCGAAGCCGCCGCAUGCCCAGUGGCUGCGGCAGGGUUGCCCUCCAGCCCCAGAUGACCUCCUGCGCUAGUGGACGCCGAGAGGGACCUUUGGCUUCCUAACGCGGUUGUCGUUGUCCCUGGGGUGUCUUCUAACGUGGUGGCUCUUCGUUUGUCGCUGUAAGUCUCCCCUGCCUGUCGGAUCUGAGUAGCGUCUUGAUUUGUGCACAGGGCUCAUAAUGGCUUCCAGUCACACUGUGUUGAUGCGGUUGGUAGCCUCAGCAUAUUCCAUUGCUCAAAAGGCAGGCAUGAUAGUGAGACAUGUUAUUGCUGAAGGAGACCUGGGAAUUGUGGAGAAGACCUGUGCGACUGACUUGCAGACCAAAGCUGACCGAUUGGUUCAGAUGAGCAUUUGCUCUUCAUUGGCACGGAAAUUCCCCAAACUAACAAUUAUAGGGGAGGAGGAUCUGCCCUCUGAGGAAGUGGAUCAAGAGCUAAUUGAAGAUGGGCAGUGGGAGGAAAUACUGAAGCAACCAUGUCCAUCGCAGUACAGUUCUAUUAAAGAGGAAGAUCUUGUGGUCUGGGUUGAUCCCUUAGAUGGUACCAAGGAGUAUACUGAAGGCCUUCUUGACAAUGUAACAGUUCUUAUUGGAAUUGCUUAUGAAGGAAAAGCCAUAGCAGGAAUUAUUAACCAGCCAUAUUACAACUACCAGAACAAUGAAAAGCAGAAGUUAAGGGAAGACAGGAGUGAAGCAAAGGCAGGACCAGAUGCUGUGUUGGGGAGGACAAUCUGGGGAGUUUUAGGUUUAGGUGCCUUUGGGUUUCAACUGAAAGAAGCCCCUGCUGGGAAACACAUUGUCACCACUACUCGAUCCCACAGCAACAAGUUGGUUACCGACUGUGUUACUGCAAUGAACCCUGAUGAUGUGCUGCGAGUGGGAGGAGCCGGAAAUAAGAUUAUUCAGCUGAUUGAAGGCAAAGCCUCUGCUUAUGUGUUUGCAAGUCCUGGAUGUAAGAAAUGGGAUACCUGUGCCCCGGAAGUUAUUUUACAUGCUGUAGGAGGCAAGUUAACUGAUAUCCAUGGAAAUGCCCUCCAGUACAACAAGGAAGUGAAGCACAUGAACUCUGCAGGAGUCCUGGCUGCACUGAGAAAUUAUGACUACUAUGCGAGUCGAGUUCCAGAAUCUGUUAAACAGGCACUUGUUCCUUAAAAGACAAUUUAAUUUACUUAGCUAGGUAAAGGACUUGUUCUUAAAAUAAUAGAUUUUUAAAUUAAUUGUAUGGAAUCAGAGCUCCAUCUUUAUUCAUUGUUAUUAUCAGUGAUUUACAUUUAGUUAUUUAGGAUCAAGAAAUAGAAUUAAAGUGUUGAGCUCGAUUACACAGCCAAACCAAAUUUGUCAUCUGGAGAAUUUACAAACUUAAUAUGUGAUUUUUUUUUUUCUCUUUUUAUGUGAAGAAAUGAAAAAAGGUUUAGCUCUAGUUGACCAUAAGGCUCAGUUGUUGAAUCAACAUUCCUAUUUUAUAAAACAGAUUUCUUAGGGCUGGCUCUGUGGCAUAGUGGGUAAAGCCACCGCCUGCAGUGCCGGCAUCCCAUAUGGGCAUUGGUUCGAGUCCCAGCUGCUCUACUUGGCCUGAGAAAGCAGUGGAAGAUGAUGGCCCAAGUCCUUGGGCCCCUGCACACACUUGGGAGACCUGGAAGAAGCUCUUGGAACAGAGCUUCCAGAAAAAGCUUCUGGAACAGCUCUCAGGCUGUUGCGGCCAAUUGGGGAGUGAACCAUCUCUCUCUCUCUGCGUGUAACUCUUUCAAAUAAAUAAAUAAAUCUUAAAAAAAAAAAAAAAGAAUACUUACCAAAAAAAAAAAAAUACUGAUUU